CACACUCCGCUCCCGCCAAAUCCGACAUCACUCACGAACGAGCAACCAAACGAACACUUGUGUACCAGCUGCACUCCAGCCAGAUGGACUACGCCGCCGCAGUGACCAUGGACAUCAAGCAGGAGGAGCCCGAGAUGGUGGUGCUGGACGACGACGACGACGGCGACGCGGGCUGCUGCCUGGCGCCGACGCCGCUGGACCUGGCGGCGGCCGCGGCGGUGGCGCCGUUCCUGGCCAAGACGUUCGACAUGGUGGAGGACCCGGCGACGGACGCGGUGGUGUCGUGGGGCGCGGCGCGGAACAGCUUCGUGGUCUGGGACCCCCACGCCUUCGCCGCCCGCCUCCUCCCGCGCCACUUCAAGCACGCCAACUUCUCCAGCUUCCUCCGGCAGCUCAACACCUACGGAUUCCGUAAGGUGAACCCGGACAGGUGGGAGUUCGCCAACACGGGCUUCCUCGGCGGGCAGCGCCACCUCCUGGCCGGCAUCCGACGCCGCCGAGGCGCCGACACCGGCCGCCGUCCCGCUGCGGCCUUGUCGCCUUCGUCGUGCGCCGAGAGCGCCGGCGGCUUCGGCCCCGUGGAGGGGGAGCUGGAGCAGCUUCGGCGGGACCGGGAGGCGCUGAAGCGGGAGCUGGCCGGGCUCAAGCGGCAGCAGGAGGAGGCGCGCGUGACGCUGCUUGACAUGGAGCGCCGCGUGCAGGGCACGGAGCGGCGGCAGGAGCAGUGCAAGGCCUUCCUCGCGCGCGCCGUCAGGAACCCGGCCUUCCUGGCCAACCUGGCGCGCCGCAACGGCCUCACCGCGGCGGCUCCGGCCCCCGCCGUCGACGGCAAGAAGAAGCGGCGGCUGCUCGACGCCGUCCCGUCGCCGCCACCGGCGGAGGACGGGUUCACCUUCGAGGAGCUGGCACUGGCGGCCGGCGUCGUCGAGGAGGCGGCCGCGCCGACCCAGGGCUCGGGCGCGGGCGGCGUCACGACGGACAUGAUAUGGUACGAACUCCUCGAGGAGGGGCAGGCGGAGAUAGACGUCGAUGUGGAGGACCUCGUGGCCGCCGCGGGGGACAUGGAGCCGUGGGGGUUCGGCGAGGAGGAGGAUCCGGAUGAUGGAGUCUGUCGGGAUGCAAGGUGUGGAAAGGGGUGACAGGCAGUCAGUAUGCUCCGGAAGUUCCGAUGCUUUUAGCGUUCGAUUACCAAUCUGGGAUGGUGACCCCAAACAUUAAAAAGCUGUGAUGAUGACGUGUGUUUUGAUUUGGAGCUAGGAACGUUUCAGAAUGGUGUUUUCAGGACUACUACAUUUCAAGUCUACUAGUAAAUGGCAUGUGCUUUGCACGUGUAGCUUUAUGAAUGUAGACCAACAUCACCAAGUGAACUUUGCAACUCAAAAUAAGUAAAAUACUCCCUCUGUCGCAUAUUAGUUAUCGCUACAACGGAUGUAUCAACAACAACUAAUAUAGGACAAAGGGAAUAAAUAGUUACUCGCUCCAAUCUGAAUUAAUUGAUGUGACUUCUAUGCAAUGUCUUACUUACAUUGUAUAGAGGUUGCGUCAGUUAAUUCGUAUUGGAUGGAGUAUUCUUUUUAAGACCGGAUAGAGGGCUUCCUGAGGUUGGCCUUUAACAUAGCAAACCAUCAAUGUAGGAACACCCAAGGAUUUCUUUUUUUGAGUUUCCUGAAAUUCAUAGUUUGACACACUUGUCUUCAAACAAAAAGGAAAAACAGAGGAAAAUAUGUGCUCUUUGUGUUUGGUACGUGUACAUAUAUCAUCUACUUCAAAGCUCAAGCUUUGUCCUUCUUAUCAGAUUUUACAGAACAACAUAAAAAAUAUACUCUAAUGAGUAACAACAUAUUUUCAAAUUGCAAAAUAAAAGUUUCAGUUUUGAUUAGGCUAAACUUCUUCGCAAAACAGAUUUCCCUAGACAGCUGACAUUCCCCGACUUUCAGAGACAUUUCCUUCAAAAACCAUUUGCUACUGCACCAUUGUAGACAUGAUCAGCUCUUGACAUUCUUCUAGAAUAGGCAUCCGCAAGGACUUGGUGCUUUGCAAACCUGCCCAGUAAUUACAUUUGUAAGGGGAAAAAAUAUAUACCACAAGGAUGCACUUGGACAAAAAAAUGCAAGAGGAACAGAGACAAUUCUAUGCUUGCAGGUAACACCUUAAGUUACAUACACACGCACAAGAUUGCAUGUUUCUAAUGUCAUGGAAUCAAGCAUGGAUGCAAAUGUGUAAUUUUUAUGCUUGUAAACAUAAAGAAACUUGCAGUAUU